GUGUCGUUAUUUUGCCGAUGUUGGCGAAAUGGAUGCUAGGCAGCUGUUAAACGACGCAGAACUUCGCAGAGCUCCAUUUCACACGGUGAGUGACACUAAAUUUGUUUUGUUCCUGUGUUUUGUUUGUCAUCUACAAAUUUGGCACCACUAACGAGUCUGAUUAUUACAGUGAUCUGCUUUUUACUUUCUAAUAUGCCAUUUAGAUGCAUGUGAGCAUGGGUGGUAUAGAAAUGUCCGGAGGUUGUUCAAACAUGUUCAAUCUGAAAUACCACAGCAAAAUUUGGUGCAGAUACUCAAGGUCCCCAGAGGGUAAAUUGUAAUAGGGCUGGAGAUCAUGAGUUUGACCAUUUUUAUCCUAGGGUCUAGAACUAUGGGUUGCAGUGACGUUUGGUGACAUUCAUGUUCUACCGCGGUUAUCAGUCCUGUGGAGUUCUGCAGGAAUGAUGUUUUUUGUUGGCAUCAUUGUGGUUUCUUUGACAAAAAGCCAAUGAGAUUUCUCCAUUGAAUUUUGAGUUGUUACAGAAAACAUGCUCUUUGGGAAAAACAUGUUUAUGAUAUGUAAAAGUUUUGUUCGGUAAGAUCAUCUUUGACAAGUGAAGGGCAAUUAUAUGAUCUUCCAAGCGUACAGUAAAUGCAACAGGAAGAACUUAAAAGCUAAUGUUAUGGUAAACCAACUACCACAAUUACAUGGGCAUGUACAACGAGGAUGUAACGCUGAUGUUUUGAUAGUUUCAUUUAGCCACUUGAUAAGAACUGCCAUUGUUAAGACACAAACUUCAAAAAUCGUAUUAUUAUUUAUUCAUGACGUAUUUGGCCUGUAUUCACCACUGACAUUAUUCCACAGAUGAGAAGAAAAAAAAAAACUGAAAUAAACGUACGCAUCACAACACCUGCUUGGUUAAAAAAAAAAAAAAAAAAAAAAUGGAUGAAAAAAAAUCAUGUCGGGAAACCGCGAAAAACUCCUCAGCUGCGAAAAACAGAAUCUGUAUUGUCCAAUGACUUGAAGGAUAAACUGAGCAUACUUUCAUUCUAAAGGCAAUGAAUACACAAUUUUGGAAUAACAGAUUUGAAAUAGGAAUUCUGGUUAAUUUUGUUAACCUUUGCGCCCAGGCAUGCCUCGUGCUGACACAGCCAUCCCCUUUGCAUUACGGCCAUGUUGAUUUAUGGAAUGUGAUAAUAUGACCAGCUGAUCACAUCCCAUGACUACAUAGUGUGAGAAAAUCUGUUUCACUUUCUCUCUUUGAGGCACAAUCCCAUCAAUAUGAUCAGAUUUUAUGCCGCAUCAUAUUUGGAACUACAGCCAUUUUGAUAAAAUUAUUUAGUAGAUAAUCCGAAUCAGAUUUUAGUUCAGAACUACAUGUGCAUUAAAAUAGGGAAAAUAAACAUACAGUACUUUCUGCUAAUAAAACAAACGACUUCAUGCUUAAUGUAAUGUGGUAAUUAAUAGUAGCGUCAUUGUACUCUAAAACACCAUAUGUUGACAGAACAAAAAUAAUAGAACAAUCAAAUCACUUUGUCUACCAACAUUGUAAAGUAGAAUUCAAGACACCUAAAUCUACUCCCAAAAUAGUGAGAUUAGCGUGAACAAAAUAACUUCAGUGCAGAAAAUGUAACCCUUUACAUGUCUAUUAUUACACAUUACAGUAUUUCAUUGGUGGGACUGGUUGAGUGGGUAUAGUGAUGGUUGUGAAAUGAUUGAUUGGUCAGGAAAGAAGAGAAAUCUUUUCAUCACACACAUUUGUACUGUUUUUCAGGGAGUGGAAUUCAAUGUUUGUUUUUGUAUUUCUUAUCAGAAAAAUGAUACAUGAUUUGUGUUUGUGCACACGCAUCCUGGUACAGUGGCCCUAAUUCCAUUGGGAAUGAUAAAACAAAUUUUAAUAUGAGCUAUGUUUUCCCUCAUUAACGAUCCUUCUCCCUUUAAGGCCACUGUCUGCUGCUGAGGGAGAAGCAUCGUUGCUAUUGUUGAAUCUCUGGUCUCCUCCUUCCUUCCUCCUCCUUUCCCCUCCCUUCACUCAUCCAUCCCUCCGUCCAACCCCUCUCUGAUCUCCGCACACGCACACCGAAUUUCUUAUCGCCUCCUCCGGCACGAUGACCAACGAAUCUCCGGAGGAGACCCGAGCUCCGGGCGGCGGCGGAGGAGGAGGAUCGGGUGGAAAAGGAAACACGCGAAGGAACCGAGCAGACGACAAUGUCACCAUGCUGACAUCCUCCAUGGAUCUACAGAGAGCCAGCCGGAGCCGAGCCAGCAGCAGCAACGACGCCGCGCCGAGCAUCACCUCCUCUCUGGAGCUUAGCAUCCAGACGCGGAUCUUUAAGAUCAUCGUCAUCGGGGACUCGAACGUGGGGAAGACCUGCCUCACCUUCCGCUUCACCGGGGGGAGCUUCCCCGACAAGACCGAGGCCACCAUCGGGGUGGAUUUCCGGGAGAAGGCGGUGGAGAUCGAAGGGGAGACUAUCAAGGUGCAGGUAUGGGACACAGCGGGGCAGGAGCGUUUUCGUAAAUCCAUGGUGGAACACUACUACCGCAACGUCCACGCAGUGGUUUUUGUGUAUGACGUCACCAAGAUGACUUCCUUCCGCAAUCUACAGACGUGGAUAGAGGAGUGCAAUGGCCAUCGGGUCUCAGCAUCAGUACCCCGAGUCCUGGUUGGGAACAAGUGUGACCUUGUGGACCAAAUACAGGUUCCCUCCAACGUGGCGCUGAAGUUCGCCGACUCCCACAACAUGUUGCUGUUUGAGACGUCGGCCAAGGAUCCGAGGGAGAGUCAGAACGUUGACUCCAUCUUCAUGUCGCUGGCGUGCCGCCUCAAGGCCCAGAAGUCCCUCCUCUACAGAGACGUGGAGAGGGAGGACGGGAGGGUGCGGCUCACACAAGAGACUGAGACAAAGAGCAGUUGUCCUUGUUGAGGGGAGAAAAUGAGGAGUGCGAGGAAUAAUGGAAGGGGGGGAGUGGGGGGGUAGGAGUAGCUGUACAGGUCAAGGACGAGGAGAGGUAUUUAUUUCCGGUUGAGGAGUAAGAACGGGGGGGGGGGGGGGGGGGUGAUGCUGAGACACUAAUAGCAUGUCUUGAGGAAGACUAUCUUCGUCUUCCUGGAGGAGGAAUGGGUAAGGAAAGGAGCGAAGAUAGAGGGAAAAGGGAUUCAUUAAUUCCACAGAUUCUUGGUCGUAACCUUACCCGGAUGACUUGCACUGUUUGGAGUCAGCCAGGGUUGUUUUUGAAUGAAAUGUGUCUGUUAGUAAGCAAGGAUUCUAAUUAGCACUACCAAGUUUUCCCGACAAGAUUUUGUUUCACUGGCAGGUGAUCUGCCGACACUGCCUGGGCGAUCGACCUAUUGGGCACACCCGGUCUAGAUCUUUGUGACUUUGUCCUGGUUGAAUUCCAUCCAUCUGUAUUCUACUGCCUUAGAAAGCUGCCUCACUUAGGCAAAAGUAGCAUAGAGGCCUCAAGAAUUGCAUCUGCUUGAGAUGAUCUUGCGACAGGUUCACAAGGAAUUAUCAACUAUUUCAGAGGAUAAAGGAUUCUUUUCUUUUUGUCUCAGGAUUUUCCCUGAGAUCCUUUCCAUGCUUCACAAGUAGGACAUUCAACUUAAAAUCACUGUGAUAUCACACUAUUCAGACUAACUAUACAGGAAGUCUUUUCCAGAGUUUUUUGGGACAACUUUGCAUCUAGAGGGUGUAGGGCAGCAUGUCACGUAUUGAUUCAGAGGCUGUAGGAUCCGCUUGCCUUCGUGCAGGAGAAAUGCACUCCUACAAAGACGGGCCGUCAAUAUGAGGCUCUUUCUUGUUUUUCCAAUGAUCUAAUCCUGAUGUAGCCCCGCCCCCCUUCUUUGCCUAUUCACCUUUCCCUUCCAAGUGCAUAUGCCUUAUGUGACUUUAAACUAGCCUAAAGAAUUCUGUAUUGAACAUGUUUCAACCUAAAGGGCCCUCUGCCUGUAUAUCAGUACCACUGCCUGCAAUCUCAAAGGAGACGGGCUUCACAAUUGAGAACUGGCACGCCAACAUUUCUUUACAUUGCCUCACAUCCUGAGCCCGGGUGUACAGUGUGAGGGUAAGGAGAAUGUCAAUGAGGGCUGCAUGAAAACGCCGUAGGAAGCCAUAUUUGGUAUUUACCGGACACAAAAGAUGCAAAGUGCUUUACAUUGUUAUGGCUCCCUACCGGAACAAUAAGACUGUCCAUAAAAGCUAAAAGACCUUUGUAAUAAGGCAUCAAUCGAUAAGCCUGACUGUAGCAGCAGUCACUGUGUGCAACCCUAUUUUAACACUGUAGCCUACUUUUGAGCUACGCUAUAAAUACAUCUGGAUGCCAUGUGUAAAAGAUUCCGAUCAGUGAGCAUUUACGACCCCCUCCAGGCCGCCCCAAUUGAUUCAAGCGACAUCCACACAACCAUCGUCUGCGCUGUGUUGGGUUUUUAUUCAGAAAUUCCUCAAGUAUGUUUGUAUCAGCAGAAUCAGGUGGCUGUUACAGGCGAUUAAAUAUGACAGAAUAGCAAAUACUCUAGCAACCGGAGGUCUAGCUUCAACAGAAAAUAGGCAAGAAGAACACACGCACGAUGGGAUGACAUCUGGUAAAGCAGUUCAUUCUGUUAAGGAGUGUUUCUGUGUGUGUCAGAGGGAAGGGGGGGGGGGUAUUCCAGCAGUCACCACUAGUUUAGCAUCACGCGGCUCAUUAGUGUCUGUUAUACAUGUGCGACGACUGUAGUAGCCUGAUAUAGGAAAAUUAAAAAAAUGUGCCUGCAUUUCCUUCAUAAACUUAGCAAACUUGAAAAAAAUACCGUUGCCGUUUGUUUGGAGUGAUUGAAAAAAGAAAGAGGGAAGGUAUGGUAAAGUUGGCAUUUCUCAUUUAGAGUUGUAUUGUAUGUAUUUUACAUAUUAAAAUAAUUUGUAUAUUAUCCAGGUCUAACAGUUGAGAUCAUAAAUGUUAUGUAUGUUUGCUUGCCUUCCAUUUACUCUGUACAUACAAUGUUUUUGGUUCAUAUAUUUCUGCUUUUUGUAGUUGAUUUUCUUGUUAUAAACCAAGUUUGCUCUUUAAGGGAUGCCUUGAUAUUUUGGAAUUUUACUCUAGUAGUUUUGUUUUUCUGCCAAAAAUCACAAUGUUAAAAAAAAGCUUUCUGUAUUUGAUAUUAAAUGGGCAAUAUACAAGCUUCAGAGCAUUAAUAUAGCAGCAAAUAAUUAUUUGAACUAUGUGAAGAAAUAGUCCUUUUUUUCUGAGCGAGCUAUCUGCCGCCGGGACGCCAUGUCAAGAGAAGAGGGAAAAGCUGCCGAGGAAAUUAAUCUGUCAUUUACUGUUUUUAGUGAUUUUGUGACAAAAAAUGCCCGAACUAUAUCACGUUUCAAUGUGAAUAAUUGCUCAUUAAUUACACAGUAACUUGAAUCUCUUUGUUGGA